AUGAACACGACCAGCGACAGCAGCCACACUGGGAAAGACCCCACUAUCCCGGUGAUUAUGUUUAUAUUCGGUGUAGUGGGAAACGUCAUCGCUAUAGUAGUUCUGUGCAAGUCGCGGAAAGAGUCUAAAGAGACAACUUUCUACACGCUGGUGUGCGGGCUCGCCUUCACUGACCUGUUAGGUACUUUGCUCGCAAGCCCAGUGACCAUCGCCAAUUACGUGAAGGGUAAGUGGCCGGGCGGCGAGCCGCUGUGUGAGUACUCUGCUUUCAUCCUGUUGUUCUUUUCACUCGCUGGUCUUAGCGUCAUCUGUGCUAUGUCCAUCGAACGGUACUUGGCCAUCAACCACGCGUACUUUUACAGUCAUCACGUGAACCAGAAACUCGCGGGCUUCACCCUCGCGGGGAUCUAUCUGUCUAACGCGCUGUUCUGUGCGCUUCCAAGCAUGGGGCUCGGACAUGUGAAACAGCAAUACCCAGGAACCUGGUGCUUCAUAGACUGGCAGACCAACGACACCACACACGCCUCUUUCUCUUACAUAUACGCCGGGGUGAGCUCGGUGCUCAUCCUCGCCACUGUAGUUUGUAAUGUACUGGUUUUCGGAGCCGUGAUUAUGAUGCACAGACGCUUCAUGCGGCGAACCUCUCUCGGAACCGACCACGGACGCAUCGCAGACCUGCGCCGCAGGCGGAGUUUUGGGAGGCUAGCAGCGGCUGAACUUCAAAUGGUCGUUCUGCUCAUUGUCACGUCUUUGAUGGUUCUCAUCUGCUCCAUUCCUUUAGUGGUUCGUGUGUUUGAGAACCAGUUAUACCGUCCACCACUCGAGCGGGCGAUUGAAAAGAACGCAGAUCUGCGAGCCAUUCGAAUAGCUUCAGUCAAUGCCAUCCUGGACCCAUGGUUCUACAUCCUGUUAAAUCGAACCGUGGUCCUCAAACUUCUAGAGAAAGUCAAGUGCCUCUUCUGCCGUAUUGGAGGGCGUGGUCAGCGGCACGGCCCCAGCGAAUUCCGCUGCGUAGGCAGGCCUCACACCUCUUCUAUCGUGUCACAUGAUUCGCCCUCUCUGGUGUCCCGUGAGCUGUAUGAGUUUGUCAGCACCUCACAGACUUAUCUGUACCCCUCGGAGGGAGGAGAUGGGCACAGGAGCAGUUUCAGAUCAGUGCAGGGGGGGUCAUCCACAUCCCCUUCGGAGAGAUCCCUCCUUCAGGACGGACAGGGCUCUGUCUCUAGUGAACAGAGGUUUUCUCAUGGAGGAACUAAAUGGGGACGGAACUCUCAGGCGCUGAGUGCACAACUUCUGACAUACACACAUUCUGAUGGAGUCUCACCGCUGCUCAAACAGCAUGCCCUGCAAGUGACCUUCACAGAUGAGGCUGUGAACCUACAGGAGAGGUGCAUAUGA